GGUGGCAACCGCGAGCAGCUUGGUGGCAACCGCUAACAACUGCAUGACAACGAUCAUAGGACACCGGCAAGGUGUCACCAGAAAUAAUUUUCAUUCCUACCUCAAACCUGUUACAAUAAAGACCGUUUAUUUAAAGCUCCGCCUUUUAGGUUAUGGGCCCAGGUCACGUUUUGCACUGAAGAAGUUUUUCUCAAGAAAUUCCGAAGAUGGCUGACGAGAAAAUUUGGCUGCUAAACGGGACGAACUACGGAAAUUGGAAAUUCCGGAUGGAGGUCCUGCUUGAGGACAAGGGCCUGCUGCAUUGUGUUCAGGCGCCCUUGGACCUGGCGGGACUGGCGGAGUUGGAAUCGGACUCGGCGAACGAUAAGCAGAGGAAGCGAGCGUUGCGGGCGGAACGGGUGGCCGAAGAUCGGAGCUGCCGGAAUCUGUUGGUCAACCGGAUUGCCGAGGACCAGCUCGACCACGUGAAGGACGCGCGGUCGGCCAAGGAGACCUGGGACGCGCUGCGCGACGUGUUCGAACGCGUCGGAAUCGCUGGAAAGCUCUUCUUGAAGAAGCAGUUCCAGGAGUUACGGCUGGUGGAGGGCGGCGAUGUUCCGGCUUUCCUGCUCCAGUUUGAGAAGCUGCUACGCGAGUUGAAGACGGCCGGGGUCAAGCUGGAGAAGGAGGAUAUCGUUUGCCAGCUGCUGUUGGCCCUGCCGAGAUCGUUCGACGCGCUGAUCACGGCGGUCGAGACGAUCGAGCCAAAGGACUUGACGCUCGAGUACGUCAAGAAAAGGGUCCUGGACGAGCAGGUCAAGCGGAACGCGCAAGCUGCCCCGCAGGAUCCAGAAGAUGGAGGAUUGGGUGAGUCUGUGUUUGUCGGCAAGAGACGGGAGAUCAGGUGUUUCGGCUGCGGCCGGCCCGGUCACAAGCGAGCAGACUGCCCCGAUGGACGAUCGGACGAAAGGGAGCCAGAAUUCAAGUCCGGCAGGUUUGCGCGAAACCCGAGAAGCGGAGCCAACGUGACGACCGAAAACGAGAUCGCGUUUGGUGUUGCUACGGACAACGCUGGUGUUUUUUCGACGUCGCCUGCUGCGAUGAACGGACGAAUUGAGUGGUACCUGGAUUCCGGAGCAACGGCUCACAUGGUGCGAAACAAGUCGCUCUUUGCGGAGUUGCGACCAUUGGAUCGGAAAGUGCGGAUUGCUGUGGCCAAAUCUGGCCAAUCGCUGGUUGCAGACGCGCUGGAUGUUUAUCGGAACGACGGAACUGGUGGCACACGUGCUACUGCGAUGGCAUCCAAGAACGACGAUUACGAGUUGUGGCAUCGUCGGUUUGGCCAUCUUGAGGAGGCGAACAUGAGAAACCUCUGGAGGGACGAGAUGGUGGAGAGCUUUCCCAAGAUCAAGAACUGGCUAAGGCGAUGCACGUGCGGGGUGAUAAGGAAGUCGGACUGGAAACGCGACAUGGUGUUUGACGUGCGCCGACAAGAUCAACCGAAAACAGCGGGUGCUGUGAUUGAACCGGUUGAGGAGGAGCCUGUUGCUGCUGUUCCAGAUGGCGAGAGUGUCGUGGAGCGCUUCGCUGGUCCGUCUGAGCUACAAGACGUCGUUGCAGAGCUGACGGAAGACCAGGACGAGGCCGUGGAGGAUUCGUCUGGACGACAGCAAGUCGUUGCUGAGCUGACGGAUGACGAGGGCGAGGAGGAACAUUCCGGCGCGCUCCCUUCGCAACCAGAACGUGACCACUGCCCAGCAGAAGGGUCCACGAGGCGCAGCGAACGGGAGCGCAGAACCCCGGGUAAGUUCCCUGACCAUUGUACACAGUUUAGCAGAAGUACUGUUGGUGGCCGCAUUACAGAUUCCACCGAGGACGUCCUGAUUGUUUGUGCAUGGAACACUGAGGCAGUCCCGAAGAACCUGGCGUCGACGAUUGAAGUUUUGAAGCGGAGUAAUGACUUCAACCUUUCGAAGAAUGGCAUCAACAGUGAGUUGGAGUCAAGCGGGGCGAGGUCUACAACGUGGACCUUCAGCCAAUCAAGAAGGCGAUCCAUGUGCCGACGAGCACGCGGACAGUUCGAAGCGCUCCGGACCAAGCUCGGACUCCGCGAUUGAGCGGGGGUGUUAGGUGGCAACCGCGAGCAGCUUGGUGGCAACCGCUAACAACUGCAUGACAACGAUCAUAGGACACCGGCAAGGUGUCACCAGAAAUAAUUUUCAUUCCUACCUCAAACCUGUUACAAUAAAGACCGUUUAU